AUGAGUUCUCGUAAUCUGGCUAAAUCCCUCGUACCCCGCCCUGUCAACCCCAAGUCCCUCGUACCCCGUCCCCAGUCAACCCCGGUCCCUCCUACCCCGUCCCCAGUCAACCCCCAGUCCCUCGUACCCUGUCCCCCAUCAACCCCCAGUCCCUCCAACCCCGUCCCCAGUCAACCCCCAGUCCCUCCUACCCCGUCAACAGUCAACCCCCAGUCCCUCCUACCCCGUCCCCAGUCAACCCCCAGUCCCUCGUACCCUGUCCCCCGUCAACCCCCAGUCCCUCCUACCCCGUCCCCAGUCAACCCCCAGUCCCUCGUACCCUGUCCCCCGUCAACCCCCAGUCCCUCCUACCCCGUCCCCAGUCAACCCCCAGUCCCUCCUACCCCGUCCCCAGUCAACCCCCAGUCCCUCGUACCCUGUUCCCCGUCAACCCCCAGUCCCUCGUACCCCGUCCCCAGUCAACCCCCAGUCCCUCCUACCCCCUCCCCAGUCAACCCCCAGUCCCUCGUACCCUGUCCCCUGUCACCCCCAGUCCCUCCUACCCCGUCCCCAGUCAACCCCCAGUCCCUCCUACCCCGUCCCCAGUCAACCCCCAGUCCCUCCUACCCCGUCCCCAGUCAACCCCCAGUCCUUCGUACCCUGUCCCCCGUCAACCCCCAGUCCCUCCUACCCCGUCCCCAGUCAACCCACAGUCCCUCCUACCCCGUCCCCAGUCAACCCCCCAGUCCCUCGUACCCUGUCCCCCGUCAACCCCAAGUCCCUCCUACCCCGUCCCCAGUCAACCACAGUCCCUCGUACCAUGUCCCCCGUCAACCCCCAGUCCCUCCUACCCCGUCCCCAGUCAACCCCGGUCCCUCCUACCCCGUCCCCAGUCAACCCCCAGUCCCUCGUACCCUGUCCCCCGUCAACCCCCAGUCCCUCCUACCCCGUCCCCAGUCAACGCCCAGUCCCUCGUACCCUGUCCCCGUCAACCCCCAGUGA